AUGCAUUUCAUGCCCGGCAGGCCGACGUCCAAGAGGGACCUGGCCAUCAUCGGGGCCGUGUUCAUUACGCUCGUGCUUUUCUUACACAAUCCGUUCCUCGGCCAGAUCCGACAGCGGCGCAGCUCAUCCUUGCCGGAUUUGAUGAGCAACAUUGGCAACAGCACGUUGGGUUUUGAGAAGAUUUUCGUCAUCGGCCUCCCCUCAAGAACCGACCGCCGAGAUGGAGUCCUCCUCCAGGCCGCUCUCAGCGACAUGGAAAUCGAGUUUGUCGACGGCGUCCCUGGUGACCAAGUGCCGGACAAGGCGAUCCCGAAGACGAGCGAGCAUGACCGCCUACACAACGGGGCUAUUGGGUGCUGGCGCGGGCACAUGAACGCUCUCGGGGAAAUCGUCCGCCGGAAUCUGUCCUCCGCUCUCAUUCUCGAGGAUGAUGUCGACUGGGACAUCAGGAUCAGACAUCAGUUGCACGACUUCGCGCUAUCGUCUCAGGCGCUUACACAGCCGCUGGCGGAGGCGCCUCUGUCCUACGUCGAUCCCACAUACCCGAUGCCGUCCGAGAACACCCCAGGACGGCUGCCGGACAUUCCCUUUGAGCACCUCCCGGCCACCGUUCCCCCGAAGCACUCCCCGUAUGGCGACGAUUGGGACCUCCUCUGGAUCGGCCACUGCGGCAUGCACUUCCCCUUCGAGGAUAGCAGGACAGUGCCGAAAGCCCGCAUCAUCCACACGAACGAUGUCACCGUCGCCCCGAAGAAGAACCUUUGGACGUUCAACAUCCCCUUCACGCUGAAAGAGCAGUACCCGGAGCACACGCGCGCGGUGCACCAUGCGCAGGAGGGUGUUUGCACGUUGGGCUACGCGGUGAGCCAGAAGGGUGCAAGGAGGUUGUUGCAGGAGGUUGCGCUGAAGGACGUCAGCGAUGCUGUCGAUAUUCUGCUGAGAUUCUUCUGCGAGGGUGCCAAGGGCAGAAAGCCUCACAACUGCUUGACGACGCAGCCGGCGCUCUUUCACCAUCACCGCGCUGCAGGCCCUCUGAGUUCCAUGAGUGACAUCGGAAACCACGGCGAUGGUUUCCGGGAACAGAGCAUGACGGACAUGGUGAGGUGGAGCGUGAGGUUGAAUGCCGACGCGUUGCUGGAAGGAAGGACGGAUUUUGUCGACCAAUACCCUGAUGAAGUAUGA